AUGUCGUGGAAGGCUUCAGAACGUCUGAUGGACACCAUCCGUCACUAUGCCAGGUUUCCCGCCACUGGUGUCAGCUUGCGCCAGAUGGUGCAGUUUGGCGAGAAGCCCUCGGUCGGAACCCUGUUCCGAGCUUCCCAAUUCCUCGCCGAGGAGCUACCCAUUCGCCUGGCCCACCGUGUGCAAGAGCUUGACGAGCUCCCAGAUGGUCUCAAUGAGAUGCCCUCGGUGAUCAAGGUCAAGGACUGGUACGCCCAGUCUUUUGAGGAAAUCACCCAACUCCCCCGGCCAGAGCUCCCCCAAGAUGUACGCACCCGCCUCAUGAAACCUAGCAAAACCCUCGGCCGACAGGCCUUCCGCCUCCCUCCCGCGACCCCCAAUCCCUCAAUUGACGAGGGUGAGUCCUCGGGCUGGGGAGGUCUCCAGAACAAUGGAAACGGCAACGGAAAGAAGGCCGUGACGCGGCGUUACUUUGCCGUCGUCGACGACACGGGCGACUGGCCCGCCGACCUGCACCUCUACAACCAACGUUUCGCCCAGACUCUCCACGACAUCAAGCGCCGUCAUGAUGGCGUCGUCACCACCAUGGCCCAGGGUAUUCUCGAGUACAAGCGACGCCGCCAGCGAAUGCAGAUCGACAGCACCAUCCAGUCCUUCCUCGACCGCUUCUACAUGUCUCGUAUCGGUAUUCGUAUGCUCAUCGGCCAGCACAUCGCCCUAACGGACCAGAGCCACCACCGCGAUCCUACCUACGUCGGAAUCAUUUGCACAAAGACCAACGUCCAGGACCUCGCCCAAGAAGCCAUUGAGAACGCCCGAUUCGUCUGCGAAGAUCACUACGGCCUCUUUGAAGCCCCCAAGGUCCAGCUCGUCUGCAACCCCAGCCUCAACUUUAUGUACGUUCCCGGUCACCUGUCACACAUGCUCUUCGAGACCCUCAAGAACUCGCUACGCGCCGUCGUCGAGACCCAUGGAAUGGACAAGCAGGCCUUCCCUGUGACAAAGGUUAUUGUGGCCGAGGGCAAGGAGGAUAUCACCAUCAAGAUUUCCGAUGAGGGUGGCGGUAUCCCUCGCAGCGCCAUUCCUCUGGUCUGGACCUACAUGUACACCACUGUCGACCGCACGCCAAGCCUGGACCCUGAUUUCGACAAGAGCGACUUCAAGGCCCCAAUGGCUGGAUUCGGAUACGGAUUGCCCAUUUCACGUCUAUACGCUCGCUACUUUGGCGGAGACCUGAAGCUCAUCAGCAUGGAAGGUUACGGCACCGAUGUCUACCUCCACCUGAACCGCCUGUCCUCGUCGUCCGAGCCCCUCCAAUAG